CUUCUUCGUCCGAUGAUGGUUGCCAAGAUAGGCUGUAAUAUCGUUGUAGCAACCAGCUACUUCCGGUGUAAACAAUUUGCUAGGCAAGGUAAUAAUCACUCGGAUAUCGGUGAUACAGGCACCAUGGCUUCUCUGGGGAUAGACAUGAUAACCAAGAAGCCUCGAACACCCCGUGAUCCAUACACAACUCUAACAGACAAACAAAUCAACAAUAUUCCCAGGGACCCCGGUGCAUUCUUUUUCACGAAGACUGAGAAGCCUUACCCCGAGACCGGCUGGUACAGAGACAGGUAUGCCACGAACACAAACCAGCAUCUGUUCCGGGGACACAAUCAGAAGGAACCUUUCUGUUGGAUAGACACCCAAUGGCAGCGAGAUCCACCCCAGCUCCAUAACACUUGUCGACACGGUGCUUCUGAAAGAUGGGGCCCAGAUAAAGUUGGAAACAGGACGAUUCAACAUUUUAACAAACCAGAGGACCCUAAUCGAUUUUUGACAACCGAACUCUACCGAAGACAACCAACAAACUUGCCAGGACAAAUCAACAUGUCGUAUGGUCGACCGGCAGAAGGAUAUUAUGCCCUCCGAAAUCCAAACUCAGUAACAUGGUUUGGAUCCUCGGUACCACUGAACAGAACUCAGAUUUUACAAGACAUUAACCCAAAGACAUCUGCAGAAUAUGAGCAGAUUAGAAAAUUUAACCAAUCUAAAAUUCUGGAUAGACAGGAUAAGUUUCCAUAUUACUCAGUGUAUUCUGAUCGAUUUGCGGCGCGUACGAAAACUGUUCCAAUACUCACCACGGACUAUUUCACACCAGAACUGUUCGUCAGGUUACAGAGACGGAAGAUGUACCUCCAGGAGUCGUAGAUAACACUCACCCAGCAUUAAGUCGAUCUGUGAUAUAAUGUAUCGUAAUAUACGAUAUCAUACAAAGCGGACUCAAUCAAAACUGUACAUGAACUCUUAUGCAAUAACAAUAUGUGCUUGUAUAAUGUUGUCAAACAAAGUCACUCGUUGUAUUUGUCGAAUUUUUUAUCUACUUUAUUGUUUGUUGUUGAAAAAGGUUCAUAGUCUAUAAUAAAGCCUGAUAAUGUA